AUGGCCAACGCCAACGACAUGGUUGUUGUGAAAUUGGAAUCGAGGCCACGAGAAUUUGCUGCUUCGGCUCGACAUUGGGCAACCGGUUCCUCCCCUUGUCACAGUGCCGUGGUGAUUCAGCGACGCCGGACGCAGUCGCAUUGUCAACGCUCGCUGGUGUCCAGGGUCGUCACCAACACCGCUCAGCAUGGUUCUGCCAAUCUGCCUCUCAGCGAGACUCGAAGAACCGCGGUUCAUCAGUCUUUCGUCCAAUGCCAGUGCCAUCUCGAAGAAACGGGAAAGCUGAAUGGAAUGUGGGCGAAGCUAAUCGUCGAGCUUCUACUAGUGGCGCUUAGCGAUGGUCAGUUUCAGUCUGACUCUAACCAAAAGGAAGGAUGGUGGCAUUUAUACCAGUUUGGAGAAAAACAUUACGACAUUGACAUCAUGUGGAGGCCUUGGCGUGAUUUGCAGAUUGAUCUGGACUUCUUUCUUCCAUUCUACGGAUUCCGCUUCAAUUAUAGCUUCAUAUUCCCAGAAGGCUUUGUAGCAUUUUCAUAUCCUCGGUAUAUACAACCACCCUAUACGAUGCCAAACACGCGAUGGCCUGAACAGCCUGAUCCCACUUUGAUCGCAGCGUUUAUGAGUGAGCAAUCUUUCGUACAUGUCGGCGACACUCGUAUUAGUCACGUGUGGUACAGGGUUGUCUCCAGACCAAUCAACAUGAUAAACCCAUUUGGAGAAGAUUUUGGAUCCGCUGAGAAAAAGUUUGUUCAGUUUGCAAGCAAUCCGAUAUUGCCCCCGGAAUUAAACAGUGUUCGAAUACCGGUUCGAACCUAUGGCGGUCAAGCACUGAAAACGGCUUUUGGAAGAGUGGAAGAUCCUGAACUGUUAGAUUCAAUCACAGAGGAUAUACGUCGUGGAAUGGUAGGGGCGCGAGGAUUUAAAGCGGAUUAUGCUCUGAUAGUUACAUGGGAACGCAUGGGGUACGGGGGAAUGCCGAAAGUAACAGAACUCAACAUGUACGACACAAUUAAAAAAUGGCAAAAUACUUAUCAGAUGAUCCUCGCUACAGACGAAAUUCGCACAUAUGUAAUGCUCAACUAUGCAAACGUUAAUUGGACUUCUUCGACACAAGCUGGCGCUCUUUUUGGAAGGGGUGGUAAGCAGUCUGCUCUGGUGAGUUUCACUUUUGUUCAGUUUAUUUUGUGUUGCUACUAGUG